UUUUUUUUUUUUACUUGAAUCCCAGCGUGCAGCAAUCCAGAACAGAAUGUUCUCAUUAAUGCCACGCAGUGAUGCUUAGAAUACAUUUGAUCUGUUGCCAUCCUGCACUAAACACGCUGCAGCAGGUAAUUUGUAGGUGUUUGAUAGAAAGACAAAGUUACAUAAGAUGGAAACGCCAGAGCUGAAAAAAAAGGGACUUCCGCUUUCAAGUUGACCAAUUCAGCAGCGGGGUAUGCAUGCAAUGUGAUCUUCCAGGAGGUGACUACACAUGUUUAAGGCAAAGCAUGAAAUAAGAUGGGGCUUCCCCAGGAAAAGGGACAGCUUAAAUAGCAACCUGAAAUGUGAAUAACUGCCUUUGAUUUUUAAGGAAUAGUCUUAAUGAAGGAUGCUAAAACAACGCUGCCCGCAUCCAACACAGUAAACCUUUUGAAAAGAUCUGUAUGUGGCUUCACCUCAAACCACUGGUAACUUUUAUUAAAAGGUUUCUACAUUUGACCUUUUGCAUACUUUGGGAGGGGUGUGUAGUUUUAAGCCAAAUGUCCAGCACAGUUCUACUUUCUCUUUUGGUCUGUUCUUAGGGGAAGUGCUGAACUGAAAGUUUUAUAUUUCCAUCUAUGAUGCACAAGUGACACACAAGUUUAUGUGUCUUCACAGACCUUCAGAUAAAUUGUGCUUUGCAGAAACAAAUGAUGCAUCUUUAACUUUUUCACAUUACAGCCACAAAGUUCUGUGCGUUUCAUUGGGACAGACCAGGAAAAGUUUGGAUAAAACUUUUCCUGGUAUUCAAAUUUGUAAAAUUCUAUGAAUUCAGACCCCUUUAAUUUGAUAUCACAUAAAUUCCAGUGUAAACAAUGUAGCAUUGACCUGUUAAAAAAAAAAAAAUUAAUUCAGUAAUUUAGUUAUAUUUUUUUUAUCUACAUGUAAAACACUAACACGAACUGAACAUUACCUUGAUUCUGGAAGGAAACCUGUUCCAGCAGGACCAGAAGGACUCAGUACAAAUACAGAUCGCAUUUUUCAGAUUUUUAUUUGUAAAACUAUUUGAAAAUCAUGCAUUGUUUUCUUUCCGCCUGACAGUUAUGCAUUUGGAGGGCCGAUGUUCUGCGACUUUUUAAUGUGUUUGCUGCUUCGACACAUCUGAGUCAAUUAAUUUCAAGAUUAGCAGGACUGCUGAAGACCUGACUGCAUGCUUAGGUUUCUGAGCUGGCCAGUUAAGACAGAAGAGACCGUCUUCACUCCUAAGCUUUUGAAUUAAACGGAAGACAGUGGGUGGAUGGUGACCUUCUUCAUCUCUGUCCUUCUGUCUGUCUGCAGACAGUCAGGUGUGUCACUGGUUCCCUGAUGUUGCCAGUUUAUCCUGCAUUGUGGGAUUAGAUCUCUGUGUAAACUGACUUCAACCGUUUUUUUUAUUUUGACGUUGACAUGUAUCUUGGAAAUCCGCUGAGGUUGUGCUAAUUUCCUGUGUGUUUUGCCUGGUUUUGCUCACACUGCUCAAGCAGCUCGGCUUCAUGUUCUUGAACAUUUAAACACCUAUUUAACUUUUCACUGCCGCAUUAUUAUUAUUUUGCCACCACUAACAAGAAAACCUGUUUUCAGUGCACAACUCAAACACCAAUGAGAUUGCCACCUUCUUCUUUUUUAACACAGCAAAUCAUUUUAGUCCGUUUUAACCACAUUAUGCUCGUCUCAGGCGGCCACAUUCCUCUCUGCUUACAUUAAGUCUCAUAAAGAGGAAACCACAGUUAACUGGUAUUUCUUGGCUUCUCUUCAACUCUCGUUGGAAUAAGGAGGAAUUUGUUUGAGUCUGGUUUUGCACCAGUUGUUCAUUCUUCUUUUCAUCUCUCGGGAUUAAAUAAGGCAACUUUUUGCUGAGAUCUUGUGAAUGGUUUGUACAUUAAUCCCCCCCCCACCCUCCAGCCCCAAAAUCAGGGAAAUAAUAAUAACUGAGCAGCAGCCUCAGCAUCCUGCUUCUCUAACAGACUAGUUAUUCAUCACUGAGAGGUGAGUCAGGCAGCCUAGAAUGCAACUUUCUUAAAGCUGUUAGACAGACUGUUCAAAUUAGAUGCAUUUUAGCUUCAUUUUCAAGAAUUUGACAUUUUAUACUUGGACACCGUGUGUUGUUUGAAAAGGACAAAAAUCCGAUUUGGCGUUAAUGAACCCUGUUGUAAAUUUGAAUCUGGUGUACUUGAUAUCUGUUGCCUAAACAAUUCAUAUUGUUUGCUAUAUACCAAAAAUUAGCAGUGGAAAUGCAUCUUCAAAGGCACAACAUGAGGAAAAUAAUUCAUACCUCCACUGCUGGCUUUUCACUGCAUGUCUUCUGACUACAUGACGCCACAUUUGAACUCCCUCCUGAAAAAAAUAAAAUAAAAUCAAUGCCGGUUUUUAUAAUGAGAAAAUCAAGAGGGUUCAUUUAAGGUUUUGGAAGUAUUAAAACCAAAACCACGAUCUGUGACGUUAUAAAGCUGAGUAAGUAUCCAUGACGUUGUUUCUUCUACAUUUAUGAGGCAUCUCUGGUGUAUACCAGAUUUUCAGGCAAGCAUAACAAGAUCUGAAAUCAUUUUGUAGGAUAAUGAAUGAUAUUUUUAUAACAGUGUGGUUAUAAAAUAUCUGCAUGGGGGUUGUUUACUGGAAAUAUAAAAUGCAUCAUAAAACUGUUGAGCAGCUUGAAUGUUCUGUUCACCAACAGUAAACAUGAGUUCUUUGUGGAAGAAUAAAAUCUUAUGAAGAAAGAUUCAAUGGAAUCUUUAAUGAUGCUUAAAGGUAUUAAACAUGAUACAGUUCUUAUCCAAAUGUAUUACUGAUUAAAGUAAGAUUUAAUGCCUUGUUAGUGUCUGCUUUUAUUGUUAAAAAAUAUCUUGGUUUUCUGCUCUCAUGCAGCUGUAAAAAUAACAGCAUUUUAUUUUAUUUUAUUUUUUAAUUUUUGCUUGCAUCUGAUCGUUUCUCCCAUCUUCCUCCUUUGCCUCCCGUAGCUGUGGUCAAGGCCGAGCCUGACGCAAUGCCGGGACAAAUCCCAGAUCCCUCUGUGACAGCGGGCUCCCUGCCCAGCCUGGGCCCGCUGGCUGGGAUCUCCGCCACCACGCUGACGGACAAGCUGAGGUUUGGCGAUCUCCACGACAUCGGAACAAUGUUGUCACCCUUGCUUUUCCUGGACACUCUGGGAAAGAGGCCUGUAGUCAUCAAAACGGAGAAAGAUGAAGAGGAAGAGAGGAGGAAACGAAGGCGAGAGAAAAACAAAGUGGCUGCAGCUCGAUGUCGAAACAAAAAGAAGGAGAGAACAGACUAUCUACAAAAGGAGUCAGAACGAUUAGAGAUGCUAAACUCUGACCUUAAAGCCCAGAUUGAGGAGCUCAAACUGGAGCGCCAGCAGCUCAUCCUCAUGCUCAACCGGCACCGCCCCACAUGCAUCGUCAGGACGGACAGUGUCAAAACCCCAGAGAGCGAGGCGAACCCCCUGCUGCAGCAGCUGGAGGCCAAGUGAACAAACAGGGACUUUCCUGUCGUUUACAUUCGAGGAGAAGCAGCCAACUAACAGCACUUCUGUUCAGGCGCUGCCUCUGACACGCAGAGCGAUGCUCCGCAAAGAGCAGAUCCAGUGGGACGGAUUCAGCAGAUCAGUCUCUUCAUUUCACUUUUCAUUUAAAAAAAAAAAUCACUUCUGCAUCAGCCAGGUCUUUGUGACAUAUAACAAAGAAAAUGGAAUGCAUCUCUUGAGGAAAGUUACCUAUUAUGCAAUUAGUUGGCUGUUUGUGGCUUUAAAAUGUGGCUUUACAUUUUAUAACAUUUAAAAUGAAGAAAAUGGAAAAAAAAUCCAUUAUGCAAAAAAAAUUUGCUUCAUUUCAACUCAGUAUUUUAAUAAUUGGCUCUGAUGUCUAACUUUAUAUAUGGCAAGAGUCUGCACAAAUGUUUUUUCAACACAAUUUUAGUACGGAACAACUGAAAUCAACAGUUUUGAUGUUUAUGUGAGAAAUCUUACAUGGAUUAUCUUUGAUCUCUUAAACUAGAUUGAGGAAAAUCUACAGAAUUAAAAGAAACGUUUGAUAGAUACAAGAUAACUACUGUGAUGCAUAACUACAUGUAUGCAACCAUUACAUAUUGAUUAAAUUGCAAGUAUAUGAUAACAAAAUAGUAUUGACUAGUUAUAAAUCUGAAUACAAAAUAGCAAAAUUUUUCUGGUCCUUAUGCUUCUUUUCUAUUAGUAGAACAACCAAACCUCUUUUUUAUUGAUUUGGCGCAGGCGUCAUGUAUGCACAUAUAUAAAUAUAUAUAUAUAUAUAUAUAAAUGUAUAUAUAUAUACACACACACACACUCAGACAGUGUUUACA